AUGCCAUGCGAUUUCCUUUAUUUCUUCUUCCUUUCAUUCUGCUUUUUAUUCAUUCCUCUCCAUUCACAAAGGCUCAAAAGGACGAUUUGAUUGUGAGAACAUGCACGGAAACAAACUUUCCUGAUUACUGUAUCUCGUCCUUCCGAUCCGAUUCUCGCAGUUCCACUGCUGAUAGUAAGGGCCUAGCAAGGCUUUCGAUAGAGCUCGCACUAGCAACGGCUCAGAAUACUUUGUCAUUCACCAAAGAUCAGCAUAAAAUAGUCCCUAAUGACGAUAUGAAGAAACGGCUUGCAGAUUGCACUGCGAAUUAUGAAGAUGCAAUCAAAUAUCUGGCAAAGGCCUCGACCAAGUUCGAGUCCGGAAAUUACAUCGAUGCGGCGGCUAAAGUGUCAAAAGCAAUCACAGAAGCUGGGAAAUGCCGUGAAGAAUUAAGGACGCCACCAACAAUUCCAGCAGUGGAGAAAAAGUGUGAUGAGAUGGGAUAUGCAUGUGACACUGCUUUUGUUAUCAUUUCUAUUCUGGACUAAAAUUUCUAUAAUAUGUGACAGGCGCCUUCGGAUGGUUUAUUUCAGUGUUUGAUUAGA